ACCUACUUAAAGCACCUUUUAUAUUGCAGUCUUAGCUCAAAUAUAUUUUAAUGCUUCAUUAAUUAUGCAACUUUAUGGAAUUUUUUGUAUGACUACAUUGUAACUUUAUAAAAAUAUUAGAUGGGUGACCAGCCUCUGAGAAAUCCAACGCCAGCUAACACCCAAGGACAGAGUAGAUUACUGUGACUUGCUAGUGAUUGCAAAAUGGGGGAGGAUGGGACUGGUAGAGUGGAAAAGAUCAUUUAUUGGCUGGAGAGAAUCAUCCAGUGUCAGCAAAUUAAUAGCAAAUGAAAUAGGACUGGAAUUCAGUUAAAAACUUAAAUCUGCCUCCAGAUGUUACACUUUAAUUAACUUCUUCCCAAAAUUAACUGCUUUAGGUUGAUACUAAGAGACUUUUCAAAAUUCUGUUGCCUGUCAUACAAAGUUCAUGCUGACAAAAGUCUGAAAAUAAAUAAUGGAUGCUCUAUACAUCUGUGACCCUAGGAGGGAUCUGCACAAUUUAAUGGAAAAGGCAUAUUGUGAACAUAUGGUAAGUGAUAGGUAGCACAGUUUUAGUGAACUAUUUUUGUAAAGAAAUUAGUGGUAUUCAAUAUCCAUCCUUCUGUAAUUAAAAAGCAUUUCUUCUUUGGUACCAGCAUAAAUGGGAGAUGGAGGAUCAGCACUACAAAUACAUCUCCACCUCAUUCAGUUGCAUGAGGUUUUAUGUAACUCAUCACUGGAGAUGUGGUUUUUGCCCUUUUAUUACCUUCAUUUUAACAACAGGAGUUGAUCAUAAAUUCAUCAGCCUGCUAGGUGACCAUGAUUCAAUUACAACUUAGUGUGGCCUAGACUCUUAUACCUUUUAUUCUGUGAUUGUCCUGCACAGAGAAGGAGCUGAGGUGAUGGGCUGGGAAGAAGGGUUGAAUAGCCUGGGGCUAUGGGAACCAUAUUGUUAAGUGAAUAAUGUAUAUUUAGCACUUAGAAAAACUAGCUCAGUUCUAGGCUUUUUCAUUUUCAGCCUCUUUCUGUUGCCUUCAAAAUGGGAAAGUUUCCACAAAUUUUCUACAAUCUACAGAUGAAAUCUGUAGUGAUCUAGUGAUACCUCCUGGUCUAGGCAUCCUCAGCUUCAUUUAAGGUAUAGCGUGAGCUUCUUACAUGCUAAUGCAAUCAAUGACAGUAAUUUUGCCUCCAGCACAUCUCUUUACAAAAGCAUACAAAUGAGGUUUUCUUAAUUUAGAAACUAAUGCAUUUCAUAAAAACAAACUGCUGCAAGCAGCUCUGCCAUACCAUAGUGAGCAGCAGGGUUUGGACCCAUGGCUGCCACAGCUCUGACAGGGCCAGCAGCACCCCACAGCCUGCACAUGAGAUGGGGCUCUAGCACUUGUGUGUUCCUCCAGUGUGUGGCAAGCAGACACAUUGCUGAGCACUGGCUUUAAUGUUCUGUGAAUGACCACAGGGGUGGAAAAUGAGCUGCCUCAUUCCCUGCACACCAGCUGCCCUAACUCCUUCCAGGUGUUUCCCAUUCUCAGGCUGUUUGGUGGCACCUGAGCUCACUCUGGAGAAGUAUUUAGCUAGAGGUUUGCCCUGACUGGAGGGGUGAUAUUAGGAGGUUUAUAGACUUGUGCAAGAGGAGACUUGGUGCUGUCUACAGAAAAUUUCAUCUUCAGCCUAUUCAACACAGAUGUCUUUCUCUCUGUGGGAAAUGUGACUAAAACCAAAGAGUCCAUAACUGAGGACAAGACUACAAAGAAAGUAGAAGAGUAAUAAUGAAGGUAUCAAGAAGUAAAGAGUCACAUGGGUGAAUGAGAAAACAGAGAAGCUUAAAAGCUUUGGUUCAAAGCUGCCAGAAGAUUGACUGAGAGGUGAAAGCAGCUCAAGAGACCUGCCUUUUUGAUAAAGACAAAUGAAGAUAUUUUAGAAUUUGAAGUGAACAGAAUUUUCAGAGCAAAAGAGGGCCUGGACUGUCCUGCCUUAUGAUCCUUUUCUUUCCACCCCUUUUGAUGGAAGAUGGUGUGGCUGCAGCUGGAGGCUCUGCUGUUCUGCUCCCUUCCUGAAAGUAAUUUUUUGUAUCAAGACCCUGAGAAUAAAAUACACAUGGCACAGAUUGUAACAUUUUUUCAGAUGCUGUUAGCGCUGCUACUUCAUGAUUAUAUCUCAGCUGAAGAUGGUGAAACGAGAGCAAGUUGCCGAACUGCUCCGGCAGAUUUAGUUUUUAUCUUGGACGGCUCUUACAGUGUUGGCCCAGAAAACUUUGAAAUAAUCAAAAGUUGGCUUGUCAAUAUUACAAGAAAUUUUGACAUAGGGCCAAAGUUUAUUCAAGUUGGAGUUGUGCAGUACAGUGAUUACCCUGUACUUGAAAUUCCCCUUGGAACUCAUGAAUCCACUGAGAACCUCAUCAGGGAAAUGGAGUCCAUACAUUAUCUGGGAGGAAAUACAAGAACAGGAAGAGCUAUUCAGUUUGCCUUUGACCAUCUUUUUGCAAAAUCUUCACGAUUUUUAACAAAAAUAGCAGUGGUUCUCACUGAUGGAAAGUCCCAAGACGAAGUCAAAGAUGUAGCAGCAGAAGCAAGGAAAAAUAAGAUCACUUUGUUUGCAAUUGGUGUUGGCUCAGAGAUUGAGGAGGAUGAACUUAAAGCUAUUGCCAAUAAACCUUCAUCAACUUAUGUGUUUUAUGUUGAAGACUAUAUUGCAAUAUCAAGAAUUAAAGAAGUUAUAAAACAGAAACUCUGUGAAGAAUCUGUUUGUCCAACGAGAAUUCCAGUGGCAGCUCGAGAUGAAAAAGGAUUUGACAUUCUUGUAGGAUUAGGUGUGAAGAAAAAAGUUAAAAAGAGAAUUCAAAUAUCAACCACUAAUGCAAAAGCUUAUGAAGUAACCUCACGUGUUGACCUCUCAGAAUUAACAAGGAAUGUGUUUCCAGAAGGUCUCCCUCCAUCCUAUGUGUUUGUUUCCACUCAGAGAUUUAAAGUAAAAAAGACAUGGGAUUUGUGGAGAAUCCUGAGUCUAGAUAAGAGACCACAGAUAGCAGUCACUGUUAAUGGAGAAGAGAAAACAUUAUCAUUCACUACAACAAGUUUAAUAAAUGGCACACAAGUUAUUACAUUUGCUGCACCUCAUGUAAAGACAUUGUUUGAUGAAGGCUGGCAUCAAAUUCGUCUCUUGGUAACAGAAGACUUUGUAACUUUGUAUAUAGAUGGCCAAGAAAUUGAAACAAAGCCAUUGCAUCCUGUUUUAGGUAUUUACAUCAGUGGCCUAACCCAAAUAGGGAAGUAUUCUGGAAAGGAGGAAACAGUACAGUUUGAUAUCCAAAAACUGCGAAUCUACUGUGAUCCAGAGCAAAAUAAUCGAGAAACAGUCUGUGAGAUCCCAGGAUUUAAUGGAGAGUGCAUGAAUGGUCCCAGUGAUGUAGGCUCAACACCUGCCCCCUGCAUAUGCCCACCAGGAAAGCAAGGACCUCCAGGCCCCAAAGGUGACCCUGGGCAGCCUGGGAAUCAUGGUUAUCCUGGUCUGCCUGGUCCAGAUGGUAAGCCUGGAUAUCAGGGAUCAGCAGGAACUCCAGGUAUCCCAGGAACUCCAGGGGUUCAAGGACCUCGUGGCUUGCCAGGUAUCAAGGGAGAACCAGGAAAAGAUGGGGCAAAGGGUGACAGUGGACUACCUGGUUUUCCUGGAUUACAUGGGAUGCCAGCACCAAAGGGAGAAAGAGGUCCUAAAGGAGAUCAAGGAGUGCCAGGAAUAUAUGGAAAAAAGGGUUCAAAAGGAGAGAAGGGUGAUACAGGGUUUCCAGGACUGCCUGGGCGAUCUGGAGACCCUGGCAGAAAUGGGAAAGAUGGAUUACCGGGCAGUCCUGGCUUCAAGGGAGAAGUUGGGCAGCCUGGAUCUCCAGGCCCCGAAGGACAUCGAGGAGAGCCUGGAAUUCCUGGAAUUCCUGGAAAUCAAGGAGCAAAAGGACAAAAGGGUGAAAUUGGACCGCCAGGUCAACCAGGAGCAAAAGGGUCACCAGGAGAUACCGGUUUGAUGGGACCAGAAGGUUCACUUGGUCUACCUGGAGCUCCUGGGCCUAAGGGUGAUAAAGGCGAACCAGGAAUACAGGGGAAACCAGGAUCAUCAGGAGCCAAGGGUGAUCUAGGAGUACCAGGGGCUCCAGGUGAACCAGGCUACCCAGGCAUUCCUGGUACCCAGGGAUUAAAGGGGGAGAAAGGAAGCCAAGGUGACACUGGUAUCCAGGGACUGAAAGGAGAAAAAGGAAGACAAGGAAAUCCAGGCUUACAGGGAGUAGAAGGAUUGAGGGGAGAACGAGGAGAGAAGGGUGCAAAAGGAGAUCCAGGCAUUCGAGGCAUCAGUGGACAAAAAGGAGAAUCUGGUGUCCAGGGUUUGAUUGGACCUCCUGGCCUCAGAGGUCAGCCAGGAGAUAGAGGACCCCCAGGACCACCUGGAUCAGAUGGAAAACCUGCACGAGAAUUUUCAGAAGAGUUUAUUCGACAGGUGUGUUCAGAUGUACUGAGAACCCAGUUGCCUGCCAUUCUCCAGAGUGGAAGACUACAAAACUGUAACCAUUGUCAGUCCCAAAGUGCUGCCCCAGGACUUCCAGGACCACCAGGUCCAAGAGGCCCUGAAGGCCCAAGAGGGUUUCCUGGUUUACCAGGGAAUGAUGGCAUUCCAGGGCUGAUGGGCAUGCCAGGUCGCCCUGGGGCUCGUGGGACAAGAGGCCUGCCAGGGAAGAAUGGUGCAAAAGGCAACCAAGGAGUUGGUGUUCCUGGGAUCCAAGGCCCCCCAGGACCUCCAGGUCCUGAAGGUCCACCAGGCAUGAGUAAGGAAGGACGUCCUGGAGAGCGUGGGCAGCCUGGGAAAGAUGGAGAUCGUGGCACUCCAGGAAUGCCAGGACCAGUUGGACCCCCUGGAAUUUGUGACCCAUCACUGUGUUUUAGUGUAAUUGUGGGAAGAGAUCCAUUUAGAAAAGGACCAAAUUAUUAAUUUGUGAUAUGAUAAUUUAGAGGAAUAGCUAUGGUGCUUAUCUUUCAUGGUCUUUCAAAUCUCAGGAAGGUGACCAGCAAUCAUCCCACACGAAGGAACAAAAGUACCUCUGACAUUAAAAGCAUCAUAAAUAAUGAUCUCAAAGGUUAUACAUUCCUUUAGACAAGAAACACCAAAACUCCAGAACUUUUUUUUAUACCUUGCACUGGUUGAAUAUCAAGUGUUUUUAAAGAGAUUAUCAGUUUCAAUAGAAAUAAAAUUACCUAUAAUAUUUGGUUUUUAGUAUUUAAGCAUCUUAUCAUUCUCCUUUUACCUCCUUUUACCAAAGAAAGUUCUUUGCAAAAUUGCUGGAAACACCACUGGGAGCAGAAGUAGGUCUUAAAUGGCAUUGAUCAGGUAUAAAUAACUGUGAAAUUUUUCACAUGCAGCCAACUUACACAGUAUUUGAUUUUGAAAUAAUAUGGCUGGCUUUGACUUCAUGUGUGUGCAAAUUUCAUUGCCUUAUUUACAUUUCAUAUGUCAUUGCUCCAGACGUGAGUGAAAGCAUGUUAUCAGAUUUUUAUUAAUUAAGACAGAUACUUGGACUCACCACAGGAGAAAUGCCACCUGUUUUCCCAUGCAGCUCUGCUUAAAACCAAGGUGAAAUGCUAGGGUAGAACUACAGGUUCAAGAGCCAAGAUUUUAUUGAAGAUGGUACUGUCAACUACUAAAUGUCAGAAGUUUCCAUAUGGGUGAUUCAACCCAUAUGAAAAUAGCAUUAAAAAUAAAAAAGAGCAAAAACCUGACAUAGCUGGCUUUAGCUAUGAUUUGACAAAAUUAAUGAUUUAAAAAUGUUUGCACAACCCCAAUGUAACAGUUUUGUGUAAUGAAGUAUCAAGUUAUGUACUCUUUGCUGCUUCUGCUCAAGGACUGCGUUGCCAAAUUGAAGAAGCAGGUUUACAAGGAAAAAGGUCUAACUGGUGGCUGACCAGCUGCAAUGUUUGUUAUGCUGUUUUCCUUUUCAUUUUAAGCCAGCUGUGUGUAAUUUUCAUUGUAUGCUUUGCUAAUGAAGUUUAUUGCUUGCUUUUACAUAAAGAGCAAAGGCACAGUUCCUGUGAGAAUUGAAAAUCCAUUUCUUAAAUUAAGGCAGAGUCCUGUAUUAAGUUAACCCAUGCUUCACAAAUCACUUUUUCUAAUGUGUUAUUUUUCUGUUGUCCUGCUAUCAGAGACUGUUAAUAUGCUUGACAUUCAAGGUAAAAUAAAAGACACACUUUCCAAUAAGAUGUAUGGUUGAGUGAAUUAUGAGUCUGAGAGGGGGCAAAACCAAGACCAACCAAACAAGCACAAGUCAGAAAGACCUCUGACUACAGUGAAUACAAACAGAAGACCAGAGUUCCCUACUUGUAGAAAAAUCCUCUUGAUUUUCAGCUAGUCUGAUUGGCAGCUUUGUUUAUUAUUUCAUUUGAUCAAAUUAACACAUAUAUCAAGCUUAAAUUUUAGAAGUAGUGGUGGUUUUGUCACCCCAUUAGUCCUACUGGGGGAUUGUUUCUGAAUGAGUGACAGGAUCUAUGAGUAAUUUCCAGUUUGCAUCUAUUAAUUGGCCCUUUCUUGUAGUUUUUAUGUGUCUGAUCAAUUUCUAUUUGAGCUCAGCUUUGGUUUUGUCUGCAUUUCUGUGCACUGUAGCAGUUCCCUUACAGUUCUUGACAGGUGUUUGUCUGCUUUUCCAGCUCUGGAAUGCUUCUCUUUUCAACAGACUCAGAAGCUCACAGUUAAGCCAAGGUGGUCUCUUGCUCUGCCUACUUCUCUAUCUUUAAAGGAGAUGAACCGUUUUUGUGCUUCCAGGAAGAGAAUUUUAGAAAACUUCCUGGCAUGUGCUAGCUCCUCUAACCCUCAUGGAAGCAUCCCAUGAAAUCCUUCCCAAUUUAGGUCCGAGUGAGCUAAAAUUUUCUCUUCUAAAAUUUAAAACAUUUUUUCUAAUACUAACCUUCAGUGUACUCCAGUUCCUCCUGUUUGUGCCCCAGGCUGUGUGCACUGAUAUAUAUACACUUGGGGUGGUUUGUCUUCUGGCUGUCAUCUUGUCAGGCUGCUAAGGAACAUUUGCCUUAAUUUUUUUUUUCCCAUGCAGAUAAAAGAGAUAGUUACUUAUCCUCUGCUCCUUCUGGUAUGUAAAGUAGCUCAGUCUGGCCUAGCAGGAGUAUUUCUUUACAGUGCUGGUUAAAGAGUACAAUCUAAGCUAGCUACAGCUAUAAAACAAGUUCUCAUGUUGGACCCAUUUCAUUUUGUGUAAUAAUAUAGUAAGAAAGACUGAGUUAGUAAACAAAAUAAUUAGGAGGCUUCACUGAAUGUAAAACCAAAUUCAAAGCCCUGAUCUCCAAAAGGGGGAGAUUUGAUGCUGAAUCUAUUUGAUUGCCUACAUUCCUGAGUUUUUUGAGCUUUAGUGCUGCUGGAUCUCUGGUAUUUUGCUCUGAAUUUGAGUCUGUGAAACUGUGGCAUUUCUACAAAAAGAGAUUUGGUUUUGACAAGCUGGAAUUUUCCAGAAGACAUGCUAGCCAUCCAGUCUGUGCAGGUGCCUUUUAGCAAAUGCUUAAAUACACAAAGUCACUUUGGAAAUGUAAUUCUGCAUUAUUAAAUGCCUAGGAGCUCUAUAGGAAGUAACUUGCAUCCCAGUGAAAUGCAUAUGUUAUAGCCUAGGAACCUGUGAUUUCAAUUAUAGCUCCUUAAAAGAUUUUAUCAAGCCAGAAUUUAACAGACUUCAUAAUCAUUUAAUUUCCUGACUUCAUUUGAUAUAAUGGGAUCAUACAGCAGUGUAGGUGUGUCCAAGAUUGCAUCUUGAUUGGAACUUUUAACUGAGCAUAUUAAUAUAUUUCCAGGUCUUCAUUUGAUUCUACAGUAAGAGGUUAAACAAAUGGUAUAAACUUGAGUAUUAUCAGAUUAAUGAUCCACAGGAGAGAGAUUUUUAUUUACUAUUGAUGCAAACUAUAUGAGAUUCUUGCAGAUGUUAAUCUUCAGUCAGAAGCUGUGAAUUAAAAAGAUCACAGUGCAACAUGUCACCAUCUCUGAUAUUCUCUGGAAAUAAUUACUGGAAAUUCUGUUAACUGUCAUUUACUUACUUUCCUGAUGAUAGUCUUUAAAACUGGAUCUUGGGCUAAUUUUUAAGCACAGGGCAAGAUUAAAAAAAAGUCUGGAUGUUUUUUAUUGGUAGCAUUUUGCUUCUAACGUGGAGUUAAGAAAUAUCCUCUCUGGUUGUCUAGUGCCUGUUGGUGUCAGUAGAGGAACUAUGAUUCACUACACUAAAUUUUUAAUAUGGCUUCCACUCAUAAUAUCUCUGUGUGCAUAAAAUAUAUUUAAUAUUUACCACUUUACUAUGCUCAUUGAUUGCUAUUUUCUCUCAGUUUCUUAGGCAUGUACUUGGACAUAAAGAUGCAGAGUGGAAAAGUAUUACUGUGGGAACUGGAUUUCUUAAUGAAAGCCUAAUGCUGUAUGGAUGGAGCUCAGCAAUUUUCACCUCUGAGAAUCAUGAUCUUAGAGAAGUUUGGAGUAAAUACAUGUGGGGUGAUGUGUCUAUAUAAAAAUAUAUAUGAUUUAGUAAAAGACCAGAUGUCACAGAUGGUUUCCACAUGUGCAGAUUUAUUUGGUAAAUAUAUACAUGUAUAUAUUGUGUAUAUAUGUGUAUAUAUAUCUGUGUGUGUGUGUGUGUGUAUGUAUCAUUCUCAGUUCUUCAUUUGUUUAACUGAAAGAUAUCAUAGUCCUACAAAUAAAAA